UAUAAACAUGUUCAGUAUUUUCCCCAUCCGAUUGCCAGACCUGCCUUUAUGACUAUCCUAGUUUCCCUAGAAACGAGAGGACGGGGCGGAUGCGCAAACUUUUAAAACUGCACCGGGCACUCGCCAAUGGGGGGAGGGGGGAGAACGGGCACCAGUUUUGGCCAGCAGAGCGAAAGCAACUUUGCUCGCCCGAGAAAGCCGGAAGGGAAGGCUAGCAUAAGCUGCAUUUUCCGUCCUUUCUUUGCUUCUCGAAAAGUUACAAGCGGGGAGAAAUUCUCCAGAUUGUUUCAAGCUGGCGAUUGUUGGCUUCUCUCUGCCUCGUUUCAUCCGGCUGGGUUGUGUAGUCGAGGGAAGCCUCAGCUCUGCCGCUAACGACCAAUGUUCGUGCCUGGGGUCAACAACUGCCCUCGUCUCCCUCCCGCAUUGUCACCCGCAGCUCCAUAGCAACCCAGCUUCGCUGUGAGACCACACAAACUAGGCUAAGUGCCAAGUGCAAACUCUUGGCAAGUCUUGUGCGCUCAAAAUUCGGCUUGAAGUUCGCCGCAGGCAGCCUCUUCAACGGGCCCAACGGAGGAGUGUUGUGCUUUCCCCUUUCCCCCGCGCUCGCCGGAGAAGAAUGAGGCUUUAACUCAACUCGGGGAGUGGGCGGGGGGGACAGCAGGGCUUCUGCAGAGCCCGGGCGCGCGUCCGCACCAUGCGAGAGAAGAGGCUCACCACCGUGCCUCCCUGCAUAAGAGAGAAUGAAUUAGAAGAGUAUUUAGCCACUGACAACAUACUUGUAGAUUUCUUCAAUGAAUUUUUGAGUCUCCCAACAUUUGCAGAACCAAUUCAAUUUAAUUCUGAUUUUGGAAUUUUUGAAGUUGCUAGUGAUGUCCCACAGUGCAUGGAAAACCAGCUAAAACAAAUGCUUCGGGAACAGAAACCUCGAAAUCCAAUUUAUGAUGUUACAAGGCAGACAAAGAUACAAACCUCUUUUUCUAAAGAUAUUAGCACUCCCCCUUCCUCAGCCUUCAGUUUUAAUCCAAACUAUUCAACCAUGAGUCUGAACCGAGAACAAGCUAUUGAAUGGAUUAAAAAGAAAAGAUUUCCAGCAUUUUUAGAGAGUGAUUGCUACUUUGAAUACAGAUUAGCUAAACUUAUUUCACAGGUGGAAUGGAGCAAAACUGGGAUCAGUUUUGUUAUAGACAAAACCUAUUAUCCUUGGUUCUCAAAAAGUCCACCCUCCAUAGAAAGCCCUGAGGAAAAUGAAGAUGACUUGAUUAUGAAAAGGUUCUACGUUUCUCUUGGCCAGGCUACUGUUACUCAAACCCAGGAUUGGUUUACUCUAGCCAAGCAAAGUCAGAACAUGAUCACUACUGAUUCCAUUACCCGUCCUGUGACAUCUUCUCAUGUUCGUUUUUUAACUGAUUCUCCAAAGUCAAUGUCUAUAUGUGAAGAUAUAAAGUCUCAAGAACUGUAUAGCUCUUCAUCCAUUGUUAAUGCUGGUACUUGCAGUGGUAACUUAGGAUUUGAAUCCAGAGUUAAGAAGAAGCCCAGCUUAACUGAUGUCCCACUUCUUCAGAAGAUAGAAGCCAGAAGACACAGAGAUGAGGGUUAUUCUUUGUCACUUCCCGAUACUCCUUCACGCACGUUAUUAAGAGCUUACUUAGGACAAGACUGGGAUCUUACCCCUCAGGAGAGAAAGAGUGAAGACUUCAUACAAUAUCAAGAACUGGCAUCUUUUCACACUUUGGAUGAGUUUUCUUUCGCCUAUGUUCAAUAUAUACUAAAAAACUCCGUUGCAGUAGUCACUGGUCAGCCACCUGAAGACAGUCCUUCUGACAUCAAUUUCAGUAAAACAACUAGAGUGUUUAUAUAUGAAUUAGCAAGUAGUGAAAAAUCCAUAGAGUCAGUCUUUGAAAAGUCUUCUUUUGUUGAUGGAGUGGUUGAUGGAACAGUUGAUGGAACGGAUGUGAAGAGUGACAUUUCUGAAAAAUCAGAAAAGAACACUGAAACCAGAGCUGCUUGGUGUGCUAGGCACAAGAUGUAUGACAUUGGUAACAGACAUGAAUUUGAAAGAUUUAAAAAAUUCAUCAGAGGAACUUUGGGAGAAAAAUACUGGUGGCUUUGGAUAGAUAUUGAACGACUGAAGGUCCUGAACACUUUUAAAAGGCAGAAAAGACAGCUUGAUCGGAUGAAAAAAUUAUACCUGGCAAGCAAUGGAGAUUAUUACCUGACCUUUGAAGUUCUUUUCAAGCUCAACCUGGUGGAUGGCGAUCAAUGGAACGUGUAUAAUUUAAAGUGCAUUCAGUCUGAAGUAGUGAAACCUUUGCUUCUUUACUGGGGUCCCCGAUUUUGUGUCACUCAUAAAGCUGCCAUUCAGGCCACCGUUACCAAGCUGAAAAUCUGGCAUGCUCGGCAACAGAAACCACGAAUUGAUGUGGAUCCUUUCCCACAGAUGGUGUCCCUGCUACCCCUCAGGCCGAAAUCUUGCAUGCCAAAAAUAACAUCUCCAUGUUAUCAGAGAGGAGAAACUGGAUUAACCCCGACUUUUUCAAAAGGAGCGGUGACGGAUAUCAGUCCCCAAAGAUCUACCAGGCUGUUAUCUGCAGUUCUACCUCAGUAUCAAACUGCUGUUCAGAAAGAUCCUUGUGACUUAAUAAGCUUGGAAAAUAUUAGGAAAAGGCCAGCAACAGCGUGCAGCAAUGUGUCUCAUAUGACAUUUAGUGAUAGAAUGGAUUACCUGAAACCACAACUAGAUCGAAAAUAUACCUAUGCAGAAACGAUCCCUGGUAAAAUCGCCCCAGAUUUUUCUGAACUAGGAAGUUCUAAAAUGGAAAGAAUGCUGCAAUCUCUUUACUUGGAGAACAGAGCAGGCUACGUCUUCACCGACUUCUGUGAGAAAUCAGGUGAUAGGCUAUGGAAGAACAGCACAUAUUUUUGGUUUGACCUUCAGGAUUAUCAUCAGCUUUUCUAUCAAGAAACGCUCCAUCCUUUGAAACUAUGCAAGCAAGCACAAUUUCUUUAUGCUAAUUAUAUUGCUCCAUCUGCUGCUUUGGAUAUUGGAAUAGAACAGUCUACAAAAAAUGAGAUGUACAAAAAAAUUGAUCCACCAUUUGAAGAUCUUUUUGACCUAGCAGAAGAAUACAUCCUCACCAUUCUUUUGGUUCCAUGGAUGAAGAUGAUAGAAGAAGACCGAGAAAUCUAUGGGAAGGUGGAGCUGGUGGAAGAAAUUCGACAGCUGGACUCAGUGUACUUUAAAAAGCUGCAGGCUUUGCAUGCAGAGGGCAUUUCCAAGAAGGAUGAGGCUUUGGCAGUUGCAGAAGUUCUCCAGAAGUCUGAGUCUAUUCGACUUGUAGAAUCCAUUGAUCAAGACUAUUCUGAAGGUUUCAAAUCAUACUCCAUUAUGAAAUUGCUUAACAACAGGACAGAUUUGGAACAAUUCCGUAUCUUUCUCGAGGAGCAAUCAGCAAGUGUGGACCUCCUGUGCUGGAUAGACAUUGAGCAGUUCAGAAGAAUGUUACACAAAAAUAAAGAACAACGAGAUGAAAAAUCUAAAGACAUUAAAAAGAAAUAUCUAAAUAAGAAAUAUUUCUUUGGACCUGACAGCCCAGCUACAAAAGAAGAACAAGAGCAGGUUAUGAAGUCACGUGGAGGCUGGGGGCAAGUACUUCAUGAACACGUUGCUCCUGUGAUCUUGUUAGACGUUCAAAAAUAUGCCCAGAGGAGAUUAGAAAAUAAGUGGUUGCCUCUGUUUUAUACCCGCGAAGACUUGGAAACGUGGAAAACACAAAAGCUACAUAUGGGAGAGGCAGUGGAAGACAUUUUAAUUCAGGAACAGGAAAAGAAACAAGUACCAUGGAAGCAUAAGAAGAAUUGGGUGAUUUCGUCUAAGGACAUAAUUACUUUCCGUAAGGCGCUGAUGAAUCCCAUCACAGCUCUUCAGUUUCAACACUUUGUAUCCCUGAAAGGUGAUUUAUUGGGGAAUGGAGUGAUCUUCUGGCAGGAGGUACAGAAAUACAAGGACCUGUGCCAUUCUCACUGCAGUGAAUCCAUUAUUCAGGAUAAGAUCACAACUAUUAUCAACUGCUUUAUUAAUUCUGCCAUUCCACCUGCUCUUCAGAUUGACAUACCUCAGGAACAAGCCCAAAAGAUCAUUGAACACAGGAAAGAGCUAGGCCCAUACGUGUUUAGAGAAGCACAGAUGACUAUUUUUGCGCUUCUCUUUAAAUUUUGGCCAAAGUUUUGUGAAUUUCGAGGCAAUUUGAUUGAUGAGGCUAUUUUGCCUUGCUUGGAAAGAGAAAAGAAGAUACAGAAAUUUAAAAAAGCAAGAGAAUUAGAAGAAAAGGCACAAAGGAAGAAAAGUUCUAUUCCUGGGAAAACAAGUUCAGCUACUGAUUCAAAAAUGAGUUUGACUGAAUUUUCACCAUCCCCCAGCUUCUCUGGAUUGGGCCGAGAGUUUUUCUGGUCUUAUUCAAAGUACAUAGAAGCUCUUGAACAAGAAAGGGUCCUCCUGCAGAUUCAAGAAGAUUUAGAGAAAAAAUCAGUAGCAGCAUCUGCUUAUUCAGGUCUUUCAUCUUUCCUCGCUCUGAAAAGUGAUACAGCCAUAAGCUCUGACAAAUUUAUUUCCCCAGCAAACUUCAACACAGCUUUUGUGAAGCAACGUUCAUUCCCAGCUAAAGAUACUGCAAAACCAUCAAAAUUUUAAGGAAACUGUUGAAGAAAUUAUGGAUUUGCAUUCACAGUGAGACAAUUUAUCAGAAAUAAAUGAAAGUAACUCACUGGUUUGCCCUAUUUUUCAGAAAAGUUAUGUAACCAAGAGAAGAAAGAAACUAAUUCUGGGGCAUUCAGUGCCAGUGGGACUUUAUUCCUAUAUAUUGUAGUAUUAUAGCCUUCUAAAAUUUAACAGCUAUGUUAGAAUACAAUUCUUAUCAUCUGGAGACACCAAUUUUACAGUGCCAAAUUGGGAAUCCUGUGCUAUUAUAUACUUGUUUUUAACGAAGGAAGAAUUGUUAAUUAAUUUACUUACAAAAUAUUUGAUAGGUUUGCAGCUUGUUGACAAGCCUAUAUAGUUCACUAGGAUUCUGAAAUGCAACAUGUACUUCUUCGGGCUAACUUCAAGGCAGUUCCUCUUGCUUUUGCUGUAUAGAGGUCUCCAGAACAGGUGUACAAAACAUUUCCGAGAACAUCAAGGCUGGUCCACAGGUAGAGCAAUUUGUAAGGCUUCAAAAUAGCAAUAUCUGUGAUUCUAUCUGCCAUAUUGUUUCACAGUCACAUCUGAUUCAUAUUGUAAAUUACAGUGAGAGCUUGAGCUCAGUUGUGGAUGAUUGCUGCUGAAGGAUUCAAAUACAUUAGUUCUUUCUUCCUUUUGCAAUGAAGUAUGUAUCAAGAGGGGAAAUAUCUGUGGCCCACAUGUGGUCUUUUUUGAUGGUUUCAACAUUCUCCAAGAACAUGUCAUUCCCAAAAGGGAAAAAUUGGGACCAAAUCCUGCCCCUGGUCCCUCUGGGCAUCAAAGAGGAGGAGGAGAAAGAGGAGGAACCACAAGAAAAACAACAAAUGAAGCCCUUCUGCAAAAUGAUUGCCUUCACCUGUUACAGAUUAUUUGGUUUAGAUUCAUGAUACAUCAUUUUUUGGCCUUGUGUCUAAGAUCAGAUUCACCAUGCUAGAAAUUUGUUUUCUUUGCCAUAUGUCAAACAACUGCACUCUGGAUUGUUUCUUUUCUAUAACAAGGAUUUAUGUCAUAUAUUAAAAAGAAACUCCCAUUUAGGUACUUAAUUUUUUCUCUAGCCAAAUAUAAUAUGAAACCUACAAUGUGCCCAUGUUUUAGAUUUGGACUAUAUUUAUUUGUAUGCAAUCCAAACAUCAACCCAUUAAUCCUUUAUAUGUCCCCCAUGAUACCUUCAAGCACCUGAUAACCAAACAACUUGUUUUUCUCAUUCAGUAGCUCCAUUCUGAAUCAGACUUAGCAGACUUAUUAUGUAAAAGAUAUAAUCCAGACAUAUGUCAGGGAGGAUAAACUGUGCUUGAUUGAUACUUGGUUUUGCAGAAUUGUUUCCACACACGCAGUAAAACAAUGGUUCCCUUGUGGUUUUGAUAGAAGUGGUGUAAAGUAGAUGUCUUAUUUGUCUGUCAUAAGAAAUAUCAUUGCCUGAUAUCACACAGAAUUUUGCAUGACUGGUUAUAAUUCAUCCCUUGCAUUACCAUCCCUCAGUUUUCCAGAGUAGUUCACAAACCAUGUUAAUAUUGAUUUAUCCAAUUUACAGUCAGCCUUUCAAACUUAACUGAAAGAGGGAGGAAUAUAGUGAUGAUCCAGUCAAGUUGGGGUUUUCUUUGUAGUCUAUUUUAUUUUAAAGAAAAAGUGUGAAACAUAUAAUCACAUGUUUUUAUUUGAAAAUCAAUGGUAUUUAAAACUUUUUUAAACUUUGGAGUGUGAUGCUUUGUGGCAUCUAAAGAUUAGCAAAUCUAUUGUGGUUUCCUAAAGAAAAGAUGUUAUGCUUUUAACAUUAAUACAGCUGUAAUUAAGGUAUAUUAGGUGUAAAAGCAUUUUUAAUCAUAGCAUGUACGUGAAUUAGAUUACCAAAACAAGGUUAAUUGAUAUGCUCAAGAAGAGUUUUAUACAGGGCAACUUUUAAUAAUUAUUAUUUUUGGAUUCUGGCACUUUGAGGCUUACACAAUUACAAAUGAAUAAUUUUUCAUAGCUUGGCGUCCAUUUGAUCAAAUACAAUAAAAUUAUCUUGAGUUUUAUAAUAAUACAUAGAAAUAUUUUGGGGAAAGUAUUUGUAAAGAAUGAGGUUAGAAAGAAAUGAAUGGCAGACAGUAAAUACAUGGACAGCCAUUCACUAAUUUGUGGCUUUGUUGACAGGAAGUUAUUUUUCACUCUUUUGUGACAUUGUGGUUAGUCCUAAUAAACGUGUUAAUAAACUAGCAGUUUAUUAUUUUUCUCUUGAAUUGUUUCAGAUUGUUUUUGUCUUCAUUUCUCCAGAGACGCUUGAUAUGAAGCCAUCACCAAAUUAUAAUAACCUAUGAAUAUAGGGCAUUGCUAAAUGACUUUUUCAUUAAUGUUUGCAUUUCUGGCUAAUUUAGAGCAGAUUUUAAAAAUCAGAUUGGCAAGAAUAUACAUAAUUUUAAAACUUUCAUCUAGUUUAGAUCCUGUAUUUACAAAAUAUAACUUCAGACUGUCUAUUAGGCUGUUGUUAGCUUGUGAUAGCAUUGGGAUUAUUUGUCAAAGUAAUCAAUACAUUCAGGAAUCUUUAUUCCCUGUCCCACAAAGGUCCUCUUAGAAUGUAUUGAUAGUACCUGAAUCACCACUGUUUAAAUGUUCACAUGUACAGUAAGCAUCCAUAAAAAGAAUGUCUGAGUCAACAGUAAAUAGAUUUCUAACUUUCAGAAAAUAUAUUUUCACUUAUAAAAUUGGAUUACCAUCCCUCUUCAUUGCCUGAGCUACGUAUCCUCCAACCUACGUUAAAUAUAUUUUUCUCUACUUAAUUUUAUGCACUUGUUAUAUUUUUUAUUCUUUUAAAUAUAUUUAGUUUGCAUUAGUUUUUGUUGUUGUAAAUUAUAAUUAAUAAAAUCACUACAAAAAUAAAGGAAGAACUAAAAGCAUAAAUCAUGAUGGAGAAAAUUUAUGUGGUCGCUAGACAUCAGAAGCAACAUGAUGGAAUACAAUGAAUGAAUAAAUAAAUCAUCAGCUUUUAAAAUAUUUGAAUGGCUCUCAUAUCGGGAAAAUUUGUCAUUCAGUAAAUAGGAUCCAGGACAGCAAGUUCAAUUUCCAGGAAAAGAGAGUGUCUAUAAACAUUAGGAAGGGCUUCCGGUGGAUUUUGCGCGCGCGAUGGCGGCUACUUUGUAGCCGUCUUUCCUGGGUAAGUGUAAGAACCGCUAU